CAUCAGCCCGCUCCCCAGGUUUGUAACUACCUUCCCCCUUCCUUCCUCUGCCUUUGUCCUCCCGCCGUCCUCGCGCGCUCUCGCUUCCCCCACUCCGCCACCACCUCGCGCGGCGCGGUCCACGAGCCGCGUUCCGCGGGCGGGGCGGGCAGGCGCGAGGUGCCCGAUGCUCGCGUGGAAGGAGAGGGUGGCGGACCGCCUCGCCCGCCUCCUCGCGGACUCCCCAGUUUCCCCUUCCCCGGCCCCCGCCGCCGUCGGGCCGCCGCAGGCAAUAUCUUUCCCAGCAGAACAUUUUACUUCCCCCAAGAAAUCAUUGUUGUCUUCUUGUGUAUUGUCCCUCCUACCAACCGCAAACUCGGGGCAUGAGCAGAAUUCACCUUGUUCAGAGACUUUGAGACCAUUACCUCCUGAAUCACUUCCUAAGAGAUGGAGAGGGAGUGAUUUCACAUGGCAAGAGCUGCCGCUGGAAUUGAGCGAGGAGUCUGGGUCCGAAAGUGCGAGAGAUGAAAGGAAUAGUUAUGUUAGUAAAAACCAGGUCCAUCAGUCAUACAGAUCUGAAGAAAACUCAAAUGGAAAUGAGGAAACAUCGACUUCAGACUGUGCAGGCACUCUUCAUUAUCUAACUGAAAAGUCUAUGUUUGUAUCUCCAAAACUGUAUGCAUUUUUUGAAUCUUCUCUCCCUGGGACCUUAAAGGGGUGCCACUGGGUAUUGCUAUAUAGCACCUGGAAGCAUGGGAUAUCUCUAAGAACACUUCUUCGUAGAAGUGAGAAUGUUCAGGGUCCAUGCCUAUUGAUUGUCGGAGAUAUGCAAGGGGCUGUGUUUGGUGGUUUAUUGAACAGUCCUCUGCGGCCUACGGAGAAAAGGAAAUAUCAGGGAACAAACCAGACAUUUGUGUUCACAACAGUACAUGGUGAACCUAGACUUUUCAGACCAACUGGUGCAAACAGAUUCUACUAUUUGUGCUUGAAAGAUGCUUUGGCAUUUGGAGGAGGUGGAAGCUUCGCAUUGUGUGUUGAUGAAGAUCUGUUACAUGGAAGCAGUGGGUCAUGCGAUACAUUUGGAAGCUCAUGCUUGGCAUAUACUCCAGAGUUUGAAUUAAAGAAUGUUGAGCUGUGGGGAUUCACGCAUUCGUGGAGCCGUUCGAAAUAGCGGAAGCUAAUUGCCCCCAUACGACCGUCAGGUGUAAUCCUGUGUACUUGUUCGUUGUGAUGUCAAUAUUCUUGUAAUCCACGUGUGACAUUGUCUCGUUUAUUUUUCCGCAUUUAAAAUAUAUUUUUUUCUUCUCAGGAGCAGCAAUGCUCAAUCAAGAAAAUUUCACUACGCGUUCGUUACUUUAA